ACCAAACAAACAUAUAACUGCAGUCUUUUUUUUUUUUUUUGGUGAUGGAACUCAAUAAGGAUCAGACAGUCAUGUCGGAGGAUAACAACAAGCCUCAAGAUCCAAAUCCCAGAUUGGCUUGGGAAGGUUGCAGCGUUUUGCUCGACGUCAACGAUGGUGACCGUCUCGUCUUCGCUCGUUUAUCUGGUGGCGCUAUAUUAAAAAUUGGGAAUAAGAAUUAUUCUUUAAAGCCAUUGAUCGGAGCUCCGUUUGGAUCUCUGUUCCAAGUCGAAAGCGGAGAAGAUGGCUCUUUCCUCUCUCGCAUUCUACCAAUUAAAAAAGAAAAUGACCAUAAUAAUGUUAUGGACGAUUCUAGAGAUAAUCGGGAACUCGUCGACAACAAUGAAGCUCAGAACCUUACUGGUGAAGAAAUUGAAGCUAUGCGGAGAGAGGGUGCCAAAGGGGAUGAAAUUAUUGAAGCUCUAAUUGCAAACAGCAAAACAUUCGAUAAGAAGUUUCAGUUGUCUCAGGAGAAGUAUAAGCUUAAAAAGCAGAAGAAAUAUGCACCAAAGCUGCUUCUUCGACGGCCUUUUUCUCGAAGUAUAUGUGAAGCUUAUUUCAAGAAAUAUCCAGCCAGAAUCGGAUUCUUACGGGUAGAUGCGUUAUCUCUUCUGUUAACAAUGGCUAAUAUCACUGCAUACUCGGAUGUGCUUGUAGUAGAUAUGGUUGGUGGCCUUGUCACUGGUGCAGUGGCUGAACGAUUAGGAGGCACUGGUUAUGUUUGCUCUACAUAUAAGGGAAGUAGUCCUUAUCCUGUGGAGAUGGUAAGGAUGUUCAACUUUAGUGACAAGGUUAUAGAGAGGAUCGUGCAGGCAUCUGUAACCGAGCUCUCGUCAGCCAAAACUGAGUCUCCUGAAGAAAAUAAUCAACAAGGAGUUAGUAACACUGAGAACAAUAUCAAUGAAAUAGCUACAUCUGAUAGUAUGGUAGAAGAUGUAUCUGUGACAGCUGAGGUUAGAGUAGUAGAUAAUGUUGUCCCAGAGAGAAAAAUUAUCAAAGCCCCAAAAGCUGGAGCCAAAGCUUCAAAAGAAAUAAUAGAUAUGUGGCGAGAAAACGGUUUCUCUAGCCUAAUCAUUGCUGCACAAGACCAAGACCCAUGGAGCUUUGUUAAGGAUGCCUUGCCACUUCUCUCCUACUCUGCACCCUUUGCAAUAUAUCACCAGUAUUUACAGCCACUGGCAACAUGCAUGCACAAGCUUCAGCAGGAGAAGAUGGCGAUCAACCUGCAAAUAACAGAACCAUGGCUACGCGAAUAUCAGGUUCUUCCUUCAAGAUCUCACCCUCACAUGCAGAUGAGUUCUUUUGGAGGAUAUGUUCUGAGCGGCAUUAGAAUCUCUACCACUUGACUAUUGUUUUCAAAACCAGAAACUUUGGUUUGAUGAAGAAACUUUUCUUCAAAGGUCUUUGUGGUUGUUUUGUUGUUGUAAUAUAAGGGCUGAGAUUAGUGAAAACGGCCAUCCCCUUACAAUUUUCUCUGACAGUUUUGUAUGUCCACACCUGAAAUGUUAGAAUUGUUUUUUUGGA